AUGACUCGACGCUCAAUCCAAUCAGUCAGAGAUCAGUGGAUUACUCAGUCUCGGUUGCAUUUUUCAGAUAGUCAACCUAGAAGAGUAAUGGAAGGACUGAAGAUAUUUUUCAAGUCUAUUACUGUAGAGCCUGUGUUGCUUAUGUACACAAUGGCUAUAUUUUUGGAGAUGAGUAUAUUCCAGGAUCUAAUAAGAACCAAAAUUUGCUUCCAAGAAACAGAUUUAUAUAACAUUAAUUUAUGCGAAAAGUUAAAAAAUGAAACUCUUCGUAUUGUACAGGACCAAACAAAUGUCUGGAUACAGUAUUACAACCUUGUUCUUUAUACAGUGGCAAUUAUUUCGACAUUGUACAUUGGUUCGUGGUCUGAUAAAUUCAACAAAAAGUUUCCUCUGUUAAUUCCACCGCUUGGCUCCGUUCUUGCAUGUAUAAACUCAGUGGUGUUUAGCUGCUUCAUUUUUUAUUUUCCUCUUCCUGUGUUGUUGAUCAGCGGAACUAUCUCAGGCUUAUGUGGUGGAACCGUUGCCAUGAUUACCAUCACAUUUAGCUAUCUUUCAAGCAUCACCACGACAGAAAUGCGUACAAAACGUAUGGCUUUUCUAGAAGCUAUGUUGUUUAUAGGAGGAAUGGUUGGGUUUUAUGUUGGAGGAGCAGUGUUAAAAGUUGUGGGUUUUGCCAACGCUUUUGUUCUGGAGAUUUGUCUUCACGUUGCAGUUGUUUUCUAUAUUUUAUUUCUGAUCGAUGAUUUGAAGCCACAGCUUAGUAGAGAUUCUGAAAGACUUAAUGAAGAAACACAACAUUUUUGUCAAAAAUUCUUUACCAUUCAUCAUUUUACUGAAGUACUGCAAACAGUUUUCAAGUACAGACUCGGAAACAGACGCCUACAUAUUAUACUUUUUCUUCUUGCUGGAGCUUUACUGUAUUAUGGAUUAGUGGUUCAAGUUGACCUUCUCUUCAUUUUUCUGACUGAUGAGCCUCUGAAUUGGAGUCAGUCAAAGUACAGUUCCAUCAGUGCCCUGAAGCUUGCUGUUUGUGGCUCAGGCCUACUAAUUGGUAUGCCUGUAUUGUCUCGCUGGUUUCAUGUUCCAGACACUUUUAUUGGUCUAGUAGGAACAUUGUCUCGAGGAAUAGGUUUGGCCGUUCUUGGGUUUAGUACAACUUCGUCCAUGGUUUACAUCAGUGCAGCAAUCUUUGUAUUUUCUGAGAUUCCCAUUCCUGCUAUAAAGUCUGUUCUUUCUAAAUUGGUAGAACCUGAUGAAAAAGGAAAGAUUUUUGCAUUCAUGUCGGGGAUUCAGAAUAUCUGCUUCCUUACGGGAUCGUUGAUCUUCAACAAUCUGUAUCCUGCCACUGCUUCUUUCUUCAAGGGAUUCUCGUUUCUCUUAGCAGCUUUAUUACAACUAUUUGCUGUAGCAGUAUUUGUGUUUGUGCACAGGGAUAUGAAAAUACAACAUACAAACCAAGCAAGUGAACUUUUAACAGAACCUGAAGAUGAAAAUGCUUAACUUCCAAAUCCUAGUUAGGACAACUCUUUCAGUCUGACGUACUAGUGUUCUACAUGGGACGAACUUCAGAGUACUAUUGAACAAUAAAUUAGAAUGUACAGUGAGAUAAUAUAAAAUAUUGACACUUGC